AUGGCUCCAUGGACGGACGAGGAGCUGAGAGCCAAAAUCGGUCAGCUUUUCAUUGUGGGCUUCCAAGGUCACGUGCCCAACGACGAUAUCAAGGCCCUCAUCACAACCCACAAAGUCGGUGCCAUUAUCUUGUUCCAAUGGAAUAUAGAGAGUGCUUCUCAGCUCCUUGAGCUCACUACCUCUCUACAAGAAAUUGCAAGAUCAGCUGGUCACCAGCAGGACCUGUUCAUAGCCAUCGACCAGGAGAAUGGCCUCGUCACACGUAUCAAGCCGCCUAUCGCGGCACAAUUACCUGGACCAAUGGCCCUCGUAGCCACCGUCGAUGCUUCGAAUGCAUUUGAGAUUGCAUCAGCGACUGCUGAGGUCUUGAGGGGUUUUGGUAUUAACAUGAAUUAUGCACCAGUUGCAGAUAUCAAUUCCGAGCCAAAGAAUCCCGUUAUUGGAGUUAGGUCGCCUUCUGAUGACCCAGAGACCGUUGGGAGAUUUGUAUCAGCUCAAAUUAGGGGCUUGCGGGAAGGUGGUAUUGUGCCAUGUGUGAAGCAUUUUCCGGGUCAUGGCGACACGGCUGUUGAUUCACAUUAUGGAUUGCCUGUCAUCUCAAAGAGCAGAGCUAUGCUAGAUACAUGCGAGUUAGUCCCAUUUCGACGAGCUGCUGUUGAGGGAGUUGAAGCUGUGAUGACUGCGCAUAUUUCAAUGCCAGGAAUUGGAGAUCAAGGCCUCAGUGAUGACCAUCCUUCGAAAACAUUACCUGCCAGUUUGAACCCAGCCGCAAUCAAGAUUCUCAGAGAUGAGAUGAAGUAUGAGGGUUUGAUUAUUAGCGAUUGUCUGGAAAUGGACGGUGUCAGAGCAACAUAUGGAACAGAAAAAGGUGCCGUUCUGGCCCUGAAGGCGGGAACUGAUUGUGUGAUGGUUUGUCAUACCAUGUCUGCGCAGGUUGGUGCAAUCGAACAAGUGGUCCAAGCAGUUAAGUCAGGAGAGAUUUCUCAGGAUGCUAUUCAAACAUCCGUAAGCAGAGUGGAAGAACUCAAGCGCAAAUACCUUUCAUCAUUGCGAAAUUCAACAACCAAGCCGGCUCUUCUUGACAUGGAAGCUACAAACAAAAGACAUUCUGCCCUGGCGUCCAAAAUGUACUCGAAGAGCACUACGGUUGUUCGCAGCGUUCCAGGGUGUAUCCCCAUUUCAAAAGGACUGGAAAGCAAAAUUCUCUGUCUCCUUCCAGGAAAGACCCCAGUAGGGAGUGGUGCAGUUGGUAGUGGUGAAGAGAAGACCAGAGAACCAUAUUUGAAAAAGUCUAUCACAGAGCUGCUUGAAGCAAGACACCCAGGUAUGCACGUCAAACAAUACUACGGUCCAGAGGCACCAGACCCGGAUGCGAGGGAAAUUCUCAUGCAGGCAGAUAUUGUAUUACUCUGCACACGGAAUGCCAGCCUCAAUCAAUAUCAGAAAGACUUUGGUCUAGCUAUUGGGAAGAUUCUAGGAAAGAGAUUGAUAGUGGUUGCUACGUGUGAUCCAUAUGAUUUCCUGGACGAUGUUGAGAUUAUCAAGAAUUACAUUACGACCUAUGAACCAACACUGGAGGCAUUUUCAUCAGCGCUCAAUGUCAUUUUUGGAACCAGUCCUGCGAUAGGCUCCCUUCCUAUCGGCCUACAAAGCGUGACACACGAGAUUCGAACUCUCGAUAGCUCAUCAGAACAUGAUGUCACGCAUAUAUGGAAUCUCUGGCAAGAAAUCUUCCCUACAUGGAGUAUUGAGCGUAAGCGCUUGGAGUUGAUCCUUACUCGGGGCAACUCCACACACCUCAUUCACGAGAAAGGAUUUUGCUUGGCGUAUUUUAACCAGAAUGACACUGGAUCCCAUGGAAUAGUAUCAGUCAUUGGGGUUCUUGAGGCGUACCGCGGCCGAGGAAUCGGUACAGCUUUGAUAAACAAAGUGCAUGAAGCGCUGAAGGCCAGAACCGACUCUGGCAAACUAACUUCCUUUAGUAUCAAGUCGUCCUUUCCUCGAUUCUGGCCAGGAGUUCCUAUCAAUCUUCCAUCAAAAGACAGGGAUUUCUUCUUGCACAGAGGGUUUCGAAAAGCCAAAGGUCCGACUUCUAGGGAUUUAUACAAAAGCAUCGUUACCGAAAUCGCGCCGGCGGGAGUCCUCGAACGUGUGGCAAACCUCCCGCUCACCUUUUCCCCUUGGUCUCCGGAGCUGUAUGAGGAAUGCAUGACGAAACAGCGGGCUAACUUCCAUUACAAUGCGCCAUGGAUUGAAGCAUAUGAGCGUCUCGCCAAGGCCAAUCAACACCAAGAAGUCCUCGUCGCAUUCGACGAGUCCGGGGCCCAAAUCGGAUGGACUCUGAUGUGCCAACCCAACACAGUAGUAGGAGAAGAUUUUGCAUUCCUACCUCUCCUCCCGUCGAAAGACAAGACCGGCUUGAUCGCGUGCGUUGGUGUGGAUACGAGUGCUCGGAAGAAAGGGGUGGGAUUAGCGCUCCUGGUUAAAGCUAUGGAAUAUAUGAAGGCUAGGGGCUUGGAGGGCGUCCUUAUCGAUUGGGUAGUGAUUCGUGGCUUUUAUGAAACGUUGGGAUUUGAACCUUUCUGGGAGUAUGAAGGAUAUGAGUGGUGA